AUGGAAGAGUCAGCAGAAGCAAUGUCGGGAAACUUGUCGCUGGAUGAUAAGAUAAAACAAAUGCUAGAUAAUAUGACUGAAUGGGAAAAUUUAGGACAAAGUAUUAUCACAGGCAAGAGGACGAUGGUAGAGUUGGAUGAACGACGUCAGAAAUGUCGCGAAGCAUUGAGGCAAUUGCAUAAAGCAAAAAAUAAUGCAAAUAAGAAAAGGAAGAAUUGGGUUUGCUUCGGAAGUACUACAUUUCUCAAGGUUACAACCGACCAAACAAAGCAAAUGAUUGAAGAUGACAUGAAGGUUAUUGGUGCGACUCUCAACGAAGCUCGAGAAAGUACCAAAAACCAAGUGGAUAAGUUGAAGAAAAUGGAAAACUGCAAGAGUCUUGUAGAUCUUGGUUUCAGUUUGGAUCGAAUUGAUUAA